CCCCCUGCGGCCCUUGUGAGGGUAAAGCGGAUUGGAAAUGGAUGGAUAUAUAUGAUAAAUAUGCAAAAUGUUCUUUUUACAGGUGACCAGGAUCAAAUUACGCAAAAUGCUGCCCCAAGACUUGAAGCAGAUCAGAGUGCUGAUACUCAAUGACAAAGAAAAUUUAGAGAGGACCCUAUUCAGACUUGAUCAAGGUUUUGAGCUCCAGUUCCGUCUGGGUCCAAGUCUUCAGGGCAGGAGAGUUACAGUGCAAACCAACUACCCGCCUGAAGGACAGCGGUUUGAACGAAACACUUUCCGUGUUUUAACCUGGAACAACCCAACAGGACGUGAGGAUGACUCUGAUAAGUUUUGCCUUCUGGAUAUCAAGGUGGCCGGUUCUUAUCAGUACUGCUUUGGAUUUGGAGAUGCAGAGAAAUCUGGAGGAGGCUACUUUGUUGUCAACCCAAUUCUUCGUGCUGGAUCAGAGAACCGCGUCCUCCCAUUAGACUGCAUCAGCAUUCAGACCUAUUUAUCCAAGUGUUUGGGUCACCUAGAUGACUGGCCAGCCCGAUUGCAAGUUGCAAAGGAGUCAGGGUACAACAUGAUCCAUUUCACGCCUAUGCAGACGCUAGGAGAAUCCAGGUCAUGUUACUCCUUGGCAGACCAGCUUACCUUUAGCCCUGAGUUCAGCCCAGAUGGCCAAAACUAUAGCUGGACUGAUGUGGGGGCAUUGGUGGAGAAGUUGAAGAAAGAAUGGAACAUACUGUGUAUAACUGAUGUGGUGUACAACCACACUGCCGCUAAUAGCAAGUGGAUCUUGGAGCAUCCAGAAUGUGGUUACAACCUGGUGAACACUCCCCAUCUACGUCCAGCCUGGGUCUUGGACAGAGCUCUCUGGCAUUUAACCACUAGAAUCAUAGACGGACGGUACAAGGACAGUGGCCUUUCUGCAAAUAUCACCAAUAAAAAUCAACUGAAUGAGAUCCGAAGUGUGCUGUGGCAGGAUGUGUAUCCUCAGAUCAAACUGUGGGAGUUCUACCAGGUCAAAGUGGACAGCGCUGUGGAGCAGUUCAGAACUCUCUUACAAAAUGGUGCGAAACCAGACCAUAAUAAGACUGGAGGAAAAAAUGGCCUUAUCAUCAUCCAGGACCCUGGUUGGCGACGUUAUGGCAACUCAGUGGAUAUGAACUCUGCUCUAGAAACCUUUGUACCUCACAGUUUGUCCCCACAGCACAUAGAGGAGUGCUGCCAUUUGUUGCGACAGAAAUUGAACCAGCUUAACGAGGAACAACUGCACAUUGUGCAUCAGCAUCAAGAACAGGCAGCCAACUGCAUUGUGGGAAAUGUAAUGUAUGAGCGCCUGGCAGACCAUGGCCCCAAAAUAGGCCCUGUUAGCAAGAAGAACCCUCUUGUUACCAGGUAUUUCACCUUCCCAUAUAAAGAUAUGACUCUUGAGCAUGAGAUGCAGAUGCUGGAUGACCCAGACAAGACAUGUCACUUCCUGGCUUUCAAUGGUUGGGUGAUGGGGGAUGAUCCUCUGCGCAACUUUGCUGAGCCAGGAUCCAAUGUCUACUUUCGGCGGGAGUUGAUAUGCUGGGGCGACAGUGUCAAACUUCGCUAUGGCAAGGGACCCGAAGACUGCCCUUUUUUGUGGGCUCACAUGAAAAAAUACACUGAAAUAACGGCCAAAUACUUUCAUGGGGUCAGACUGGAUAACUGCCACUCUACACCAUUACAUGUUGCAGAGGCCAUGCUUGAUGCAGCAAGAGUGGUCAGACCCAAUUUGUAUUUGAUAGCCGAAUUGUUUACAGGCAGCGAAAUCAUUGACAAUGUAUUUGUGAAUCGGCUGGGCAUUAGCAGCCUUGUAAGAGAGGCCAUGUCAGCUGGUGAUAGCCACGAAGAGGGCAGAUUGGUCUAUCGUUAUGGCGGGGAACCAGUUGGAGCGUUUGUUCAGCCAAGUCUCCGCCCACUGAUGCCCUGCAUUGCACAUGCCAUGUUCCUUGAUGUAACCCAUGAUAACGAAUGUCCUAUCCAGCUGCGUUCAGCUCUGGACUCUCUUUCCAGUUCUGCUAUGGUCUCGAUGGCCUGCUGUGCUACUGGCUCUACCCGAGGAUAUGAUGAAUUAGUACCACAUCAAAUUUCUGUUGUUAAAGAGGAGCGUUUUUACCCCAAGUGGAACCCUUCAGCCUCCCUGACCUCCGCCAGCGAGGUUGGACCACAGACUGGCAUCAUUGCUGGGAAACUGGCCCUCAAUAAGUUGCAUCAAGAACUGGCUGCUCAGGGGUUCAUACAGGUAUACGUGGACCAGGUUGAUGAAGAUAUUGUUGCCAUUACUCGCCACUGUCCCAGCACCCAUCAGUCAGUGGUGGCAGUGUGUAGAACAGCUUUCAAGAGCCCCAAAACACACCAGUACAGCACUGAUAUACCACCAAUGUUCAUACCAGGGAAAAUUGAAGAGGUGGUAUUGGAAGCAAGGACAGUGGAAAGACGUACUGAGAGUUUCAAAAAGGAUGACAACUACAUCAAUGGGAUGCCUGAAUACACAGUCGAUAUUAAGGAGCAUAUUCCAUUACAGGAGAGCUCAGUGGUGAACGAAGCUGGUGUGACAUCUAAAGGUCGAUCAGAGUUUGUACAGGAAAUCAGUUUUCGGAAGCUGACACCGGGAAGUGUCAUUGCCUUCAGGGUAAGUUUGGACCCCAAAGCCCAGAAGUUGGUUGGGGCACUCCGGUAUUUUCUCUCCCAAUUCAGCCCAAAAUACAGAAAAGGCAGUAUAGCAGAUGAGAACCCAUCUGAAGUCCUGAAGAUGCCUUUGGCACAGCUGAUGUCAAAGUUAACCCUAGCAGACAUGAAUGUGUUGCUAUUUCGCUGCGAUUCUGAAGAACAAGAAGACGGAGGAGGCUGUUACAAUAUUCCAGAAUGGGGAACUUUUAAAUAUGCAGGCCUCCAAGGUCUGAUGUCCGUUUUGGCUGAUAUUCGUGCCAACAAUGACCUGGGCCAUCCUCUGUGUUCUAACCUCAGACAAGGUGACUGGCUAAUGGAAUAUAUCGGCAAUAGACUUAAACAUAGGGAAGGACCUCUGGCACAGGUUGGACAGUGGCUGGAGGCCAUGUUUUCUUAUCUGAAGCAUAUCCCACGCUAUCUCAUUCCAUCUUACUUUGAUGCUAUCCUUGUAUCAACUUUCACCACAGCUCUGGAUGCAACUUACAAACUCAUGUCAAGUUUCAUUCAGAGAGGCUCAAGCUUUGUACGUCACUUGGCGUUGGCUUCACUUCAGAUGUGUGGAGUCGGACGCUUCCCUGCCCUUCCUGCUCUUUCGAAGAAAAUUGACAACGUUCCGUAUUGCAUCAGCCCAAUAACUGGCCAGAAAGAGCAGUGCUGUGUGACAGUGGCUGCAGGUCUUCCACAUUUCUCAACUGGAAUUUUCCGUUGCUGGGGCAGAGACACUUUUAUUGCUCUCAGAGGACUGAUGCUGCUCACUGGGAGACACACCGAAGCCCGAAACAUCAUCUUGGCCUUCGCGGGGACAUUACGUCAUGGUUUAAUCCCAAAUCUGCUUGGAGAGGGUCGCUUUGCCAGAUACAAUUGCCGUGAUGCUGUGUGGUGGUGGCUGCAGUGCCUCCAGGAUUAUGUCCGCCAUGUUCCGCAAGGACAUUGUAUCCUCCAGUCUCCUGUCACGCGCAUGUACCCAACUGAUGAAAGUGAGCCCUGCACACCAGGAGAAGUGGAGCAGCCUCUUUAUGAUGUGAUCCAAGAGAUUCUGCAGCGCCACCUCGAGGGAAUUUCCUUUAGAGAGAGAAAUGCUGGACCCAAGAUAGAUAUGAACAUGAGAGACGAAGGGUUCAAUGUUGUUAUUAACGUUGAUCCUGCAACAGGCUUUGUCUAUGGAGGAAACCGCUUUAACUGUGGUACCUGGAUGGAUAAAAUGGGUGAGAGUGAGAGAGCAAGAAACAAAGGCAUACCGGCUACUCCCAGAGAUGGAGCAGCUGUGGAGAUAAUUGGUCUCAGUAAGUCAGCCAUCCGCUGGAUUGUGGAGCUGCAUGGCAAAGGGCUGUUUCCUUUUGAUGGAGCGAAAGUUCACAGAAAUGGUGAGGAGGUGUUUAUCUCAUACGUCAAAUGGAAUGAACAGAUCCAGCAGUCCUAUGAGCCAUGUUUCUGGGUGUCUGGUGAGCCAUUGGACCCCAAUGAGAAGCAUUCUGACCUUGUACACAAAAAAGGUAUUUAUAAGGACAGUUACGGAGCAUCAAGCCCCUGGUGUGACUACCAACUGAGACCAAACUUUAUGAUUGCCAUGGUUGUGGCUCCAGAACUUUUUACAGUGGAAAGGGCCUGGACUGCUCUUGAAAUGGCUGAGGAGAAAUUACUCGGACCCCUUGGAAUGAAAACCCUUGACCCUGAUGAUAUGGUCUACUGUGGUGUGUAUGACAAUGCACUGGACAAUGACAACUAUAAUGUAGCAAAGGGCUUCAACUACCAUCAAGGACCGGAGUGGCUUUGGCCUGUUGGACAUUUCUUGCGUGCUAAACUGCACUUUGCCAAAAUGCUUGGCGAAAAAACGUAUACCAAGACGGUGACCCUGGUCAAAAAUGUUCUUUCACGACAUUACACUCAUCUGGAGAGGUCUCCAUGGAAAGGUUUGCCAGAGUUAACGAACGGGAAUGGCCAGCACUGCCCGUUUAGCUGUGAGACUCAAGCAUGGUCUUUGGCUUCUCUGCUGGAAGUACUGUAUGACUUCUAGAAAACUUCUGCAAGGCCAUUUCCAACAUCUCUUUUACGCUGUGCUACAGUUGAAAGGAGUCUGUUAAAUUGUUUUGGCUGUUUAAUCCAAAUAAUCCUUAUAAUCUAACAUCUGAAAGGCCUGACCCACCCCAGAUCGCUGCCUCUUCCCAUUUUAAUUGAAAACAAUUGCCACUGUCCCAGAACAUGGCAAAAAAGUUGCUAUGCAUCUAAUUUUCUGAAUAUACAAUGCCACCAUUUCUGUGUGAACAGAACUUGGUAACUGACCAAGUUUUAGUUCGCAUUGUCGGUCAACACUUAUCUAAUUAUGUGUGAAUACAAAUUUUGCUCAUUGAUGGAAUAUCAUCGAACAUUUUUUGACACAAUGAUCACAACACUUUACACUCAGACUUGAUGUCUGUCGAGCCAUGUGUUGCAACAAGUGCGUCUCAUUUAUUACUAGUUAGCAAGCUUAGCUAAGCAAGCUAAGUGAGCUUGAAAGGCUUCGACCACGUAUUGCCAAAAACGAGUUCAUCCAGGAACAAUUUAAUGAACGUUUUACAUGAUGAAAGUAAUGAUCUGGCUUCAUUUGACCGGCUUCAUUCAUAUCUCACUGAGCUGCGCAUUUGCGCAUUUAGUGUUUUUUCAUCAGGGUUCCUAGAAGGUUGCAAACCAUUGCAAAAGGUUGCAAGCAUUUUUUUCUUGUUGCAAAGAAAUUUAACAUGUUAAAAUGUCUACAACAAGAACAACUGUUUGCGACCAUUAAAACUAUUGCCAAUUGUCUGACGAACGCCUUUGCAACUGUUUGUGACCUUGAACGAACGCUGACAAAAAAAAAUCUACAUUCAGCCCACGCUCACUCACUAACUUCUGCGGCCCCAAUAAGUUACAGGCUUAAAUUGAAUAAAUGGCUGAACGGAAGGAAGCCAUUGAUCCUGUGUGCUGUCUCAGGAGAGUGGUCACACGCCUCUUCAUUUUGCCUCACUGAGAUGGGAGAACCACAGAAAGAGUGGUGAGUGAGAGGGCUGAGGCACAGUCAGACUGUCAGGCUAAUAGUCACAUAUAUAAUUUUUCUUGACGGAGGAAGCCACAGGUAGCAGAAAGAACAGGAAAGCAAAAGUAAAUAAAUAUGCAUGCACAAAGACAAAAAUAGAGCAUUCACAUAACGGCGGACAAUGAAUGCAGAAUAUCUUAAUAUAGGGCAACAUUACCCUGACCCUAAUUACUUUAUACCAUACAGGUUGUAUAUGAUAAAAAAUAAAUCAAACAAAUUCCGUACUGCUAGUGAAUCAUCCGUCAAAUUUGUGCUCACACAUUUAGAUCAGAUGUCCUCAUUAGUCCUUGGUCCAUUGUUGUCAUUGUCAAAAUUCACUUUCGCUCUGUUACUUUUAACUGUACUAAUAGCCAUUUGUAGCAGCUUUUAUGCUCACACAACCUAAUGAAAAAUUCACCUAAAUUUACCUGUACUGUAUUCAAUAAUGCAUUAAAAAUUUAUAAAUGCU